AUGCAACUCAUCUCAACACCAUACCAUUCUGCUGCUAGAAUCUGCGUUGGAGCCUUCCGUACAACACCAAUCAGAAACAUCCUUACUGAAGCUGGACUUCCCGAACUAACUGAUAGAAUGGAAUACCUAACCUGGAAAAUCAUACCUAAAGCUAAAUCACCAUUCGCAACGCCUAUUCACGAUGACAUCAAAAACUUGUUAAAUCGGAAGAAAACUCCAAAAUAUCCUUCAGCUCUUCAAAAAUCAUUGGAAUCGGCUGUAACCCUGAACAUCCCAAUCGCAGUAAAUUAUAAGCCCAAAAUCCACUUCCCCCCAUGGAAUCUGCCAAGUAACACUGUCAUUUCGCAUCUCAAAGAAUUUAACAAAGCUACUACCCACAACAGUAUCUAUCAUGCAAUGUUCUUAGAGUUAAAAGAAAAUUAUGGAAGCCUGGGAUGGCAAUUUUAUUUUACUGAUGCCUCGAAAACAGAUAAUGGAACCUCAUUCGCUGUUGUCACCGAAGAAGGAUCUGUUAUCAGUAAAGGUUUACUCCACUUCACCUCAUCAAUCUUUACGGCAGAAGCGUUUGCAAUUCUCAAAGCUAUUCAAACGGUGAAAAAUAAAAAAACAAUUAUUAUCACUGAUAGCCUUUCAACAAUAAAUGCUAUUAACAACAUCAACAACUCUUCAAGUAUUGUUGCAAUCAUCCGCGACAAACUUAUUGAAAAAAAAAGAAAUCUGAGAAUUGCAUGGGUACCUGGACAUGUAGGCAUCGUUGGCAACGAAUACGCCGAUUCAGAAGCCAAACAAGCAUUUAAAGAACCGCUAAUCUCCUUCUAUCAAUUCAACAAAAAAGACUUAACUAAAUAUUUGAAAACGUUUAUGAACAUCAAGUUCAAAAACACAUGGCAGGAAUACCAACACAUUUAUUCAUUGCUCAAUCCUACCGCUAUUAAGGCUAUAUUUCCUCGUAACUUACAAAGUUCAGAAAUAAAAAAAUAUAUAAGGCUGAGAUUGGGACAUACCAUCACCACCCACAAGCACCUAAUCACCAAAGAACCUGCUCCACUUUGCCAAUUUUGUGACGAAAGACCAUCUUUUACUGUAACACACAUGCUUCAGUGCUCCAACAUUGAUUCGAUUUCCAAAACCAUUUCCGGAAAAGAUCUUCAAGAACUUUUAACAGUUAUAUCCUACACUAAUAUAAAACAUCUCAAAGCCCUGAUAUCAAAAGAUUAUGAGAAUUUUAAGAAGACAGUUUCUGCAACUCGUAGGACAAAGAACUAUGUCUCUACGCGGCUUGAAACGCUUGGUAACAAUUGGCAAACCAUUGUUCAACAGCACCAAAUCGCGGUUUGCAGCGAUGAAAACAUAGCACCAAUCGAAGAGCUUUUUAAUGAAGCUGGUGAGAUUUAUACAAUUUAUAAAUCUGUGUUGCUAGAUGAGCUAGACAAAUUUGCAGCAGCAGAAGCAGCAGCUAAAGCAAAAGAUUCACCUGCUCCUACUUUGGUUCAAAAGUCGACCAAUGACAAGCCGCACGAUGUACGUUUGCCAAAAAUUCACCCACCGACAUUCACGGGAGAAUAUCAAAAUUGGCGUUCUUUCCAUGACCAGUUUGUUUCACUCGUACAUAACAACACUUCACUUACAAAAAUCGAAAAAUUACAUUAUUUGAAGUCAAGUUGUAAAGAAGGUGCUGGUAUUUUACUAGAACACAUAAGUGUAGAUGAUGCAAGCUAUGAUAAGGCUUGGGAACUCUUGACAACGAGAUACGAUUUUAAAAGAAUUCUCGUUAACAACGAACUUAAGUUGUUUUAUGAAUUAAGUGUUGUUAAAGAAGAAAAUGCUAAGGGCAUAAGAGAAUUAUUAGAUAAUUCAACAAAAAUUUUACAUGCUUUAAAGAACCUGCAAUUGCCUGUCCAUCACUGGGAUGCAAUAAUAAUAUUUUUGCCUUUGAAAAAGCUACCGGCUACGGUGCAAUCAAAAUGGGAAACAACUCUCGGAACUAAAAAAGAGAUCCCUACAUUUAAAGAGUUCUCUGACUUUUUGGAAACGAGCAACAAUUUUAACAACACAAAUCAGCAACCAUACUCGCAGUCAAACAAUUUUCCAAAUGCAUUCAAUCAACAAUCAAGCUCUCAAGGUAAUCAUAACCAAUUUCAACACAAUACAAAUAAUAAUAACACAUUUUCAAAUAAUCCUCGCGCUCAAUUACAAACAAACUCAUAUACACCCACUCAACAGAAUAAUAAUAGAAACACAUUCGCUCACACAAAUAUAAACACCCAGAAUCCAAAUAGCUCGCAAACACAUCAUGUAACAACGGAAUUUAAUACAAAUGUACAAAAUGUACACCCCUACGAUAUACCGCCUUCAACAUCUUCAAACUGUUUUCAUCUAAACGAAUCUAAAAUAUCUCAAAUUUUGUUAGCAACAGCGAUUAUAAAAGUCAAAUCAGCCCAAGGAGACUUUGUUCAAUUAAGAGCCUUGAUCGAUCCUGGAUCUCAAGCUACUUUUAUAACCGAAUCGGCAGCUCAAUUAUUGGGUCUUAAAAAGAUUCCAACUUCCUUUGACGUUUCUGUUUUAGGACAAAACAAAGCUAACUCUUGUAAACAUUUUGUAAAUUUGAAUCUGAGUUCUAAUUAUUCAGAUUUUAUUACGUCGACAAGAGGUUAUAUAUACAAGACCCUUACAGGACUUUUACCGAAUGAAGAAGUCUUCGCUAACAGAUGGAAACAUUUACAAGGACUGAAAUUAGCAGAUCCUUCAUUUAAUCGUCCUGGUAACAUUGACAUUUUAUUAGGGAAUGACAUAUAUUGCGAAAUUUUAUUAGACGAAGUCAUACGCAAUGAGGAACAAGUAGCUCCAAUAGCCCAAAAAACCAGGUUUGGUUGGAUUGUUUUGGGGAAAGUUCCUUUGGAAAAGCCAUUUUCUCUUCAAGUCUACACACAGUUGGUAGAUAUCGACACACAAAUGCGUGCAUUUUGGGAAAUGGAAGAAACUCCCUAUGAAAAAGCCGUAGAUGAAGAAGAUGUCGAGUGCGAGAAGCACUUUCUACAAAACACCAAGCGGGUGCCGGGAGGGCGCUUUAAAGUUUCACUACCCUUCAAAGAACUUCAACGACCAAGACUUAAGUCAACAAAACAAAAGGCCUUAAUGAUGUUUUAUAAACAAGAACAAAAAUUAUUAAACAACCCAACACUACACAAAGAAUAUAACGAUUGCUUAAAAGAAUACCUCACACUCAAUCAAAUGGAAGAAGUAGAUAUUAACAUAGAUAACAAACUUAACUCUCCAUUUCACUAUGUGGUUCCUCAUCAUGCCGUGAUGAAAGAAACUAGUACAACGACGAAGUUACGUGUUGUUUUUAAUGCUGCAUAUCAAACGGCAGAUGGUAGUUCUUUAAACGACCAUUUGAUGACUGGACCUAAAACUCAAACAGAUAUUUUAGCCAUUGUUUUAAGGUGGAGAACGCACAAAAUUACUUUCGUAUCAGACAUAGAGAAGAUGUACCGACAGAUAUUAGUUCAUCCAGAGGACGCGUAUUACCAGUUACUUUUUUGGCGUGAAAAUCCAUCAAUGCCAAUAAAGCUUUACAAAGUAAAAGUUUUAAUGUUCGGUACUGCCCCAGCCCCAUAUUUAGCAAAUCGAACGCUAAAGAAACUUGCUUCAGAUGAAGAAGUAACAUAUCCAUUAGCCGCUCAAAUGAUUCGGGAAGAUAUGUACAUCGAUGAUUUGGUAUCGGGUGCAGAUUCAGUAGAAGUUGCGAAAGAAAAGUAUCACCAAAUCUCGAAGCUUUUAUCAUCUGCUGGAUUUCAUCUCCGCAAGUGGAUGAGUAAUAACGAAGAGUUUCUUGCUUCGAUACCAAAGGCAGAUCAGGAAACAAAUGUGUCAUUGACAUUCGGAGCUUUGGAUCAUACAAAAACCCUUGGAAUCAGUUGGUUCCCAUCUACCGAUUCAUUUUCAUUUAAAAAAAUCUCUAUAGAUAAAGUCGUUUCAAAAAGAACGAUACUUUCAACAAUUGCUCGUCUUUUUGAUCCACUUGGAUGGAUAGCACCCUGUAUCGUUAAAGCGAAAAUCAUUAUGCAGCAAUUGUGGUUGAAAGGCCUUUCGUGGGACGAAAACAUUCCUGUGGAACUACUUCAAGAAUGGCUCUCCUUUCAAGAAGAGUUGGAUAUCUUAGAAGAUAUCCGUAUUCCGAGAUGGGUAAAUAUAGAGAAUGGCACCCAACAGGUCGAACUCCAUGGAUUCUGUGACGCAUCUACCAAGGCAUAUGGAGCCGUGGUAUAUCUUCGAGUUUUAGAUAACCAGAAUUGCAUUCACACCCAUUUACUCAUAGCCAAAACUAAAGUCGCUCCAGUCAGUACAGUCUCUUUGCCAAGAUUGGAACUUUGCGGAGCAGUGAUGUUGGCAAAAUUACUCAACUAUACUAAAUCAGUCCUUCCAUUCAAGAAUAUAUCAGUCUUUGCUUGGACUGAUUCCACAAUCACCCUUUGUUGGAUCUCUGGGUUGCCUUCAAAAUGGAAAACGUUUAUUGCCAAUCGGGUUACCGAAAUUCAAAGGCUGACAAAUGUUAGCAUGUGGAAACACAUUCCAACUAAGUUGAACCCAGCGGAUCUUGCAUCCCGUGGUGUUCUUCCAUCCAAGCUAAGAAAUAAUAAUCUUUGGUGGAAAGGACCACUCUUUCUUCAGGAGAUGUGGAGAUUCUCCAUACCAGAACAACCCACCCAAUGUGAAAUAAAUGAAGAAAAACGAGAAAUAAAAACUCAUUUAGCAAUACAAAAUACCGAUGGAAUUUUAGAUGUGCUUUGUAAACAAUCCAAACUAACAAAAGCCUUAAGAAUUAUAGCCAAUGUUCAUCGAUUUAUCUAUAAUAGUAGAAAAAAGGAAACAUAUCGAAGAAAAUCGGUUCUGACACCCUUAGAACUCGAUAUUUCCAUGCGAACAGCUAUCAGAAGUGUUCAAAAACUUAUGUUUCAUGAUGUCAUAAAUGAACUACAGAAAACCAAAAGAACCAAACUUAACAAAUCUCUGAAUCUUUUUAUUGAUGGAUGUGGAAUAUUAAGAAUCGGAGGUAGACUUCAAAAUGCCACCCUAACAUAUGAUCAAAAGCAUCCAAUUGUGUUGAAGCCAGAUCAUAAUUUCUCCAGAUUAAUAAUUGAAGAUGCCCAUGAGAAAACUCUACAUGGUGGUAUUCACCAAGUGAUUGCACACAUUCGAAAUCGUUUUUGGAUCUUCAACAUGAAGAGAACGGUCAAAAGGUACAUUAAUAAAUGUUUCACCUGUUUUAAGAAUGCACCUAAGCCAUUGCAACAACUGAUGGGAAGCCUUCCAACACCAAGAGUAAAUGUUUCAAGACCAUUUACACACACUGGUGUCGACUACGCCGGACCUAUAGAAGUAAAGGCCUGGAAAGGACGAGGUGCUAAAAAAUUCAAAGGCUAUUUCGCCAUUUUUAUUUGUCUUUCAACAAAGGCAAUUCAUCUUGAAGCUGUCACAGAUCUAACGACACAAGCCUUUAUUGCCGCGUUCCGAAGAUUUACAUCUCGCAGAGGCAUAUGUGCAAACAUAUAUAGUGACUGUGGGACCAACUUUAAAGGUGCUAAUGUGGAACUCCAAAAAAUGCUAAAUGCUGCUAAACUUAACUAUACUGAUAUUGCUAACUCAUUGAGUGCAUUGGGUACCAAUUGGAAUUUCAUUCCUCCCGCUUCUCCUCACUUUGGAGGCUUAUGGGAAGCAGGAGUGAAAUCUGUUAAAUACCAUUUGCGUCGCGUUGCCCGAAACCAAGCUCUGACGUUCGAGGAGCUCAGUACGCUUCUAGCGCAAAUAGAAGCUUGCCUUAACUCGAGACCUCUAUGUCCGGUUACAGACAGCUUGGAAGAUUUCAAUGCUUUAACACCAGCUCUUUUUUUAAUUGGCACGUCAGCUCAUAUAGUUCCCGAAGCAGACCUAGCAGUAGAAAGGAUUGGAUACCUGGAUAGAUGGAAACGUCUACAAGCCUCACUACAGACCUUCUGGAAGGAAUGGAGCGGAGAAUACCUCACAAGGCUUCAAAAUAGACCUAAGUGGCUAAAAAUCAAGGACCAACCCAAAAUUGGAGAUUUAGUUUUGGUACGAGAUGAAAGAUUUCCACCUUCGAAAUGGCCCAUGGCGAGAAUAGUGGAAACCUACCCAGGACAAGAUGAUCUUAUCCGUGUAGUCAAAGUGCGAACACAAAAUAAUGAAUUUAAGAGGCCUAUCACAAAGAUAUGUCCACUUCCAUCAAACAAAACGCAUCAAGAAAACGAAACAAUUUAA